CCACGCCAGCCCGGAAGAGACGCUGCGCCGCGCAUGCCCCUUCCUUUCCGGCCUCGGCUCCGAACCCUACAGCCGCCGCGAUGUUGAUGCCCAAGAAGAAUCGCAUUGCCAUUUACGAACUCCUCUUCAAGGAGGGGGUGAUGGUAGCCAAAAAGGACGUGCACAUGCCGAAGCACCCAGAGUUGGCGGACAAGAACGUGCCCAACCUCCACGUCAUGAAGGCCAUGCAGUCGCUCAAGUCUCGAGGCUAUGUGAAGGAGCAGUUCGCGUGGAGACACUUCUACUGGUACCUCACCAACGAGGGCAUCCAGUAUCUCCGGGACUACCUCCACCUGCCCCCCGAGAUCGUGCCUGCCACCCUGCGCCGCAGCCGACCCGAGACCGGCAGGCCUAGGCCUAAAGGUCUGGAGGGAGAGCGGCCUGCGAGACUCACAAGAGGGGAAGCUGACAGAGACACUUACAGACGAAGCGCUGUGCCCCCUGGUGCCGACAAGAAAGCCGAGGCUGGGGCUGGGUCAGCAACUGAAUUCCAGUUUAGAGGCGGAUUUGGUCGUGGACGUGGUCAGCCACCCCAGUGAAGUUGGAGGGGAUUAUUUUGUGUUAAAUAAACUUGUAGCCAGAAAAAUGUA